AAUACCCUCACUUGUAUUCUCUGUAGAAAGUUUCUCAUUAGAUUAGCUUCUUCUUCACCCUUCACUACUUUGUGGGUUUUAGGUUAGAGGAAUCCGCUGUUGAUAUUUUUCUCCAGCUACUCUACUGGGUUAAAGUUUUGAAUUUUCUGUGUUGGCAGAGGAGAUCAGAGUGAGUUUCUUCAUCGCCGGGUACUAUGCAGUUGAUGAACUGGAUCGCCGAGAAGAAGAUGCUGAAGAAGAUUAAAUUUUGUCAAAAAAGAAUAGAUGGGUUAAACAAUGGGCUUGCCAGCGUUGCACAUUAUGAGCAAUAUUACCUGGAAGAGGCGGCUACAGAGCUUGAGAAUGCUCGCAAAUACGAGGAUUAUCUCGAUUUCAAAUCGACACAUUUGGAAUGGAAGAAGAUUGCUGAAGAGAGUGCAAAAAUCUUCACGGACAUGCGGCCGCCUGCUCUUAAACGAUUGCUUUCUUUAGAAAGUCUCAAGAAAAGAGAGAUUGAAGCAUUGCAGCAUCGACGAGAUGUCACAACCCAAAAGACGAGGCAUUGUUGUCUCUUCUUUUAGGGAGUAGGGACAAUUCAUUUGUUUCAGUAAUAAGCUAAGUUUGCUUGCAUCAUCUUGAUUUAUAUAGGCUAUAUAUAUAGCGAGAAGAAGCCUCCUCCUGUAAGCAGAGAUCAAGAAGCUCCAUUAAUUGUUUGCUAGAGUAUUCUGAAACGAUUCAGGUUGUGUUAUGCAAAAAGGCUUUGUAAAAAAAAAUGUAUGUACACGUAGAAAAGCAGUUGGUCAUGAGAAGUGUCUGUCUAUAGUGGUUCCUGCUUGGUAGUCCUUCCUUCAAAGCAAAGUAGUCAGAGAGGCUUGAUAGAACUUAGAUGCAGAAAGAGUUCAUGUCUUUUACAAUUUUUCAAUCUACGACGAUACUUGCUCCUCAACAUUUUUCUGGUUUACCCAUCUUCAAGGCAAGUAUAACAAGUAUCAAUUAAAAUAGUGAAUUUAUA